GGAUCUUGAAAACCACUGGUGCGGUCAUUGUGAUUUCAAAUUGACAAAUUUAAAGCCUACCUACGCCGCCUAUAUAUAAUGUUCAGACCUCAGGUCGAAAAGGCACACUUCACUUGUCACUGCUUCGAAUAUCUUUACUCGAACGCCGCAACGACAUCCAGAGACUCCUACAGAAAUCGAACAUAAGACACGAUCGGCGAGUCCAUCAUCAUGUCCAAGUACACGGUGACGUUGUUGAUCGCUGCAAUGGCCGUGUCGACGUCGCUAUCCGUCAGCAUACCAGCUGCUGCAGUCGAACAACGACCGCAGGAACCGGCUGCGGACUCUAGCAACUUGGUAGUGCACAAGAAGCACGUCAAGCCUGACAAGAUCGUGUUCUUGUCGGAGAUUUUGUCGCCGCAUGACGAGGGCGAGGGCGGUGGCAGCGGCUUACUGGAAUUGGGACUAUCCGGGCUAAUGGAGGCGAUCAGCGCGCCGAAGAAGAUCAUCGGCGCCAUCUGCAGUUUCGUGAUCGGCAAACUCAAGUCGUUGGACCUCAAGAAACUCGUCAAGAUCAGUCUGCUGGCGGCCCUGGUGACCGUGCUGGGCGCCGUGGCCUCGGUGGCCGUAGCCGGUCUCGUGUCCAUCGUGUCGGUGGUGUGCACCGUGCUGCCGUAUCUGAAAUUCGUGUUCGGCGGUCACCACCACAAAGACGAGUCCGCGUCCGAGUCACAGAUCGACCUGGUCAGCGAGUUCGUGAUGGGCGCGCUCGACAAGUACAAAGUCAAGCGCAAGGCGUGAGUCCAGGGCAGCCGCUGCACCGCU